AUGCUGGCAUGGCAGGACGGCGGGGCCAAGGCGGCUCCCUCCCACCACAAGAUCUCCUUCUCUGUCCUGGACAUCCUGGAUCCGCAGAAAUUCACCCGCGCUGCUCUCCCGGCCGUGCGCCCUGCUCCCCGGGAAGCCAAGAAAAGUUUGGCAGAGGGCGAAGCGGGGAAGGACGCCAGCCCAGGGGACUCAACUCGGCAGCGGGAGACCUCUGGUGCUGCGGACCGCGGCGCGGGCGCGUUGUCCCCCUUGGAGGGCUCCGAUGCCGAGGAGGCGGAGGAGGAGGAGGAGGAGGAGGAAGCCGAGGGCGCGGGCCAGCGGCGGCCGCAGGGGCGGGCUGCGCUCCUGCAAGCGGACCCGGCGCGCUCCCCCGAGUCCCGGGAGGCGGCGUUGGCGGCGGGGGAGCCGGGCACCCGCGGGCUCGCGGGCUCCCCGGGCUCGCCCGGCUCCCCGCGGCCCCGGCGCCGGCGCGCUGAGCCCCGCUGCGCCAAGCCGAGGCGCGCGCGCACCGCCUUCACCUAUGAGCAGCUGGUGGCUUUGGAGAACAAGUUCCGGGCCACGCGCUACCUGUCGGUGUGCGACCGCCUGAACCUCGCGCUGUCGCUCAGCCUCACUGAGACGCAGGUCAAAAUCUGGUUCCAGAACCGCAGGACCAAGUGGAAGAAGCAGAACCCCGGCGCCGACGGUGCGGCGCAGGCGGGGAGCGGCGCGCCCCAGCCCGGGGCGCCCGGGACGGCCGCUGGAGCGGGCGGCGGCGGCGGCGGCGCGGGGAGCAGUCCCGGACCCCCGGGCCCGGGCGCGCUGCCCUUCCAGACUUUCCCCCCCUACUCGGCGGCCAACGUCCUCUUUCCGGCCGCCACCUCCUUCCCGCCAACGGCCGCAGCCGCCGGGGGCCCCUUUGCGUCCUUCCUCGGGCCCUCCUACCUGACCCCUUUCUACGCUCCGCACCUAUGA